GUCCCGGUGCAUCCUGCCUGUUCUGGGGUCCAGAAGCGUGUUACAGGGCGGGAUGGGCGGGAGAGCAGAGCCACGGCCUCUGCGGAGCGAGUGAAGAGCGGCGAGAAGUUCCCGGGGCGGCCUGCCUAGCCACGCAGGGGCGGUGGGAGCGCGGGCCCGGCCCCCGACGGGCGCGGACGGCAGAGCCGCCGCCUGACCGCGUGGCGCCCUACCACUGCGGCCGCGUCACUCUCGCCCCCCGGGGUCGCCAGCGCUGGCCCGAGCUCCCACUGACGGCACACUGAGCCCGGCGCACUUGCCGGCCUCGUCUCCAAUGAUUCAGAAGUCACGCCCGGCGCUGCUGCAGCCUCAAGAUGUCGGAGACAGGGUGGAGACGCUUAUGCUGCAUCCGGUGAUCAAAGCUUUCCUGUGUGGCUCCAUCAGUGGGACCUGCUCCACCCUCCUUUUCCAGCCCCUAGACCUCCUCAAAACUCGCCUGCAGACUCUCCAGCCCCCAGCCCAUGGAUCCAGGCGUGUUGGGAUGCUGGCUCUUCUCUUGAAGGUGGUUCGCACGGAGAGCAUUCUGGGCCUUUGGAAAGGGAUGUCUCCCUCCAUUGUGAGGUGUGUCCCCGGCAUUGGUAUCUACUUCGGCACCCUCUACUCCUUGAAGCAGUACUUUCUGCGAGGCCAUCCACCAACCGCCCUGGAGUCAGUCAUCCUGGGAGUGGGCUCUCGCUCAGUUGCAGGGGUCUGCAUGUCACCCAUCACUGUGAUCAAGACCCGUUACGAGAGCGGGAGGUAUGGCUAUGAGAGCAUCUACGCAGCCCUGAAGAGCAUCUAUCGCAGCGAGGGGCACCGGGGACUCUUCAGUGGCCUGACAGCAACACUUCUGCGUGACGCACCCUUUUCUGGAAUCUACCUGAUGUUUUACAACCAGACCAAAAACAUCAUGACCCACGGAUUAUGGGCUGCGUGGCUUCUUCCAAGGUGGCGUCCCCCGGGCCCUCCGCAGAACUCUGAUGGCAGCAAUGGCAUGGACAGUCUACGAGGAGAUGAUGGCCAAGAUGGGCCUGAAGUCCUGACCGAGAGGGGCCUGGGGACAGAUGGGCUCUGUUGCCUUGCCCGGCUCUUGCCGAGGGCUGCUCCGUCUCACUGUCCCGGAGUUAGAGGAUGUCCUGUCUGGAAAGCCAGGCAGCUACGUCACCUUCAGUUACCCAGUUUGAGUAGAGAAUAGAUGGGCCCGACUCAAGCCUUCAGGAUCUCCCGAAAGAGGUGUUACUGAUGCGUACCGCACGCUAGGGAGUUAGGAGAGGGUUUGCCCAUCCUGCAGGACUUCUUAAAAAGGGGUUUCUGGAGAGAGCUCUGUCAGGUGGCUCUGCUUCACCUACACCCACCUACACCAGGCUGCUGUUUGGAUCUGUCCUUGGGCAAGGAAUCGCACCGCCAGAGAAUCCGCGGACUGGCGCUGCGGCCGAGGCGCUCCAGUGGGGGAAGCCCAUCUGCUGGGAGAGGGGUCCUUGUCACCAGGCUGAAGGCUGUGUCUGGGGUGCUGUUAGGACGAGGGGAAAAAAGAUGUUGUUACUUAACUGGUGGUUACUUAAUCACCUGGAGAGCCUCUAAAGAAGUGGGGACAGUGGCUUCUUAGCCUCUAAGUGUCCAAAUAACGUUUUUUUGUUCUUGGCCUCAGCCCUGUUUUAAUUCUGAAUUGUUCUGGCAUUUUUUUUUUCUGCUGCUAAAAUU